AUGAAAAAUGAAGACAAGUUCGAGAGAUUUUCAAGUUGUAGAGGUGUAGCUUUCGAAAUAAAGCCUCGUAACGAUCCAUUUUCUGUCCCUAUACCACCUUCUAUCGAAUCUAAUUCCCGUGGUAGCGCUAGAUUUUGGCUACCAUGGGAAAAUAUUAGGAAAAAAAUUGCUCCAUCGUCAUCCUUCAUGACACGAUCAAUGAGUCGUGCUAGUAGUACUCAUUUUUGUGAUCUAGACGUAGAUGAAGACGAAAAUGAAGAUGAUGAUUCUCUGUCUGACAUUGAAAAAGGUUAUUAUGAAAAAGAGGGGUCAAUUUUGCAAAUUCCACAAGUGGGGUCAUCACCAUUACCAUUUCUACCUCCGAAAACACUUAGUAAACGCAAAAAUAAAAAUCAUUUUUCGUCAAGAUUGUCUAUCAUACUACUUGAUCAAGGGUUUUUUACUGUAUACAAGCGAUUAUUCGCGCUAUCUUUUGUUCUUAAUAUCACUUUUUUAGUCCUUGCUUGUACGGGGAAUUUCGCGUAUGCAAGGAGGAAAGCUGUCUUGUUCUCUAUAGGGAACAUUUUCGCUUUGACACUAUGUCGAAGUGAGGCAUUUUUGAGAGGUCUAUUUUGGUUCGCGGUGAAUUGCUUUGGAUGGUCUUGGAUACCUAUACAAAUCAAGACUAUUGUUACGUCUUUACUUCAGUCACUUGGUGGAAUCCAUAGUGGUUGUGCUAUUUCUUCAAUUGCAUGGCUCAUUUACGCGUUAGUCCUAACGUUGAAUGAAAAAGAAAACACAUCCCCAGAAAUCGUUAGCGUUGCCUUUGCUAUCCUUUUGCUUCUCUCAUUGUCCUCUUUAGUCUGGAUUUUCAUCACCUUAACGGUGUCCUAUGACCCCAAAACCAAAUCAUACAACGCCAAAAUUGGCACCAAACUGAUCAAACAACAAGAAUUUUGUUUCACAUUGGUUAUCACAAUACUAAUAAUCAUCCCAUGGAUGACAGUGAGGUGUGUUCCGGUUAGGGUUACAUCUCCCUCAGGACAUGCAUCGAUUAUAAAAUUUGAAGGAGGAAUUAAACCAGGGAUUUUAGGGCGAAUUAGCCCUUCACCUUUCUCUGAAUGGCACGCGUUUGGGAUCAUAUCGGAUGGUAAGACAGAACACAUGAUGUUGGCAGGUGCAGUUGGUGAUUUCACGAAAUCCCUAGUGGCGAAUCCCCCUAGCCAUUUAUGGGUACGACAAGUUCAUUUCGCGGGCUUGCCUUAUCUAGUAAACAUGUACAAUAGGGUCCUUGUGGUUGCAACAGGGUCCGGUAUAUGUGUCUUUCUAUCUUUCCUAUUACAACAUACCGCGGCUAAUAUGGUAACCGGACAUCCAAAGGAGAAGGUGAUUAUACAUGACACAGCGUUGCUAGGUCGUCCAAAUGUAUCAGAAAUGAGCGUUGACAUAGCGCGAAAAUGGCGGGCUGAAGUUGUUAUUGUUACUAGCAAUCCAGAAGGGAGUAGAGAUGUUGUUAAUGCAUGUAAGAAAUCUGGAAUUCCUGCAUUUGGUCCUAUUUGGGAUUCUUGA